GGCCGCCCAAAACAGGUCUGCCCAGGAACUCCCUUGACUAUCGUCCAGGGUCUAUUCGUACAUAUAUAUCGGCAUCUUCACCCCCCUUCUCGAGGUUCGUGACUUGUUGUGUCGUCCAGGUUAAGCAUCGUCGUCGGUUUCCCUCUACGCAAGUCCCUGCCCCUGAGCCUCUCCCUCCCUUUCUUCCAACCCCAUUCGGCCCUCAGUAUACAGCAUCCCCUUUACUGUGUCAAAAUGUUGUUCAAACUUCCCUUCCUCUCUCUCCUCGCCCUAACGGCAUCGGCCCUCCCUCUUGAGGAGUACAGCCGGUCCCUCGAGACAGCCGACUUCAGCACCCUUUCCGUAACACCGGCGGAGCUGGACAGCCUCCGUUUCUUCGUUCAGUACGCCGGUGCCGCGUACUGCAACAGCCAGAACGCCGCCGGUGCCCGUGUUGUCUGCGGCGCCAACGCCUGCCCCCGCGUCGAAGCCAACCAGGCGACGACCCUGGCUUCGUUCCGCGGCGAUGACACCGGCAUUGAGGGCUUUGUAGCCAGGGAUGACAUAGCCGGGCUCAUCGUCCUCAGCAUCCGCGGCUCCAACGAGAUCCUCAACUGGCUCACCAACAUCGACUUCCUCUUCCUCAACUGCGACUCCCUCGUCCGCGGCUGCCGGACCCACUCUGGCUUCACCCGCGCCUGGCAGGGUCUGCGGACCCCCGCCGUCAACGCCAUCCGCGCCGCUCGUGCCCAGUACCCCAGCUACAGGGUCGUCGUGACCGGCCACUCUCUCGGCGCCGCUGUCGCCACCCUGGCCGCCGCCUACCUGCGCGCCGAGGAGAACAUCCCCAACGACCUGUACAGCUACGGCGCCCCCCGCGCCGGCAACGCCGAGUUCGCCAACUUCGUCUCCGCCCAGGCCGGCGCGAACUGGCGCCUCACCCACGGCGCCGACCCCGUCACCCGCCUGCCGCCCAUCCUCUUCGGCUACCGCCACACCACCCCGGAGCACUGGCUCAACGGCGGCCCUUCCAACCACAUCGACUACACCGCCAACGACAUCGACGUCUGCCACGGCAUCGCCAACACCGCCUGCAACGCUGGCACCUCUGGCCUCGACGUCGACGCCCACGGCCACUACCUCCACGUCGCUAGCGCCUGCAGCCCCAAGCUCAGGACCGCCGCCUUCUCUUCCAACGCCAGCAGCGAGCAGGAGCUGCUCGAGGCCAAGCUCAACGAAUGGGUCCGCCAGGACAUCGAGUUUGUCGGCCACGGCGGCGCCGAGUAGAGGGCGUAGACGAGCUGAUGUUUUGCGAGGAGACGAGAACUCUCGCGAGGAUGGGUUUAGGGACGUGCUUCAUUGCUUCAAAAAAUGGAGGAGCCAUGGGAGGUGGCAUGAGACAACGAAUUUUGGGAAGAAAACCGACACUGGUAAAUAUGUUGGC